UUUUGGGCUUUUAGUAUUUUAGCAGUAAAAACCUUAAAAGAGAAAAGAUCAAUGAUCCUUUUUUGUAGCAAAUAAAAACGCUAACACAAGAUUCUGUAUAAAAAUCACACAACAAAGAGCAGUGUGUGUUAGUGUGAUUAAGCUCAGAGCUUCUUCGAAGUUGAGAAUGAAGCUGAUUCAGAUAGCGUUUGCCUUUGUUUCUGUGGUGUUCUUCGCUGGAUCUGCUGAGACACAGACACAGACACACACUCUCUCUCCGCUGUCUUUCUUAGAAAACGAUGCCGUUUCACGUGCAGCAAAGCCUUCACCCCAACCUCAACCUCUCAUGGUUGCUCUCACUCUUAUUGAAGGAGCUGCUUCUAAAGGAGCUGUCUGUUUGGAUGGAACAUUGCCUGGUUACCACUUGCAUCCUGGAUUUGGAUCUGGUGCAAAUAGCUGGCUCAUUCAUUUGGAGGGAGGAGGAUGGUGUAACACCAUCAAAAAUUGUGUCUUCAGAAAAACUACUCGUCGCGGUUCCUCCAAAUACAUGGAGAAGCAACUACCAUUCACAGGGAUAUUGAGCAAUAAACCUGAAGAAAACCCUGAUUUCUUUAACUGGAACAGAGUCAAAGUACGGUACUGUGAUGGGGCAUCUUUUAGUGGAGAUAGUCAUAAUGAGGCUGCCCAGCUUCAAUUUGGAGGACAAAAAAUAUGGCUAGCUGCAAUGGAGGAAUUAAUGUCCAAGGGAAUGCAGAAAACCAACCAGGCUCUUUUGUCUGGAUGCUCAGCGGGCGGUCUGGCAUCUAUACUACAUUGUGAUGAGUUUCAGAGCUUGUUUCCAAAAUCUACCAAAGUGAAAUGUUUUAGUGACGCAGGGUUCUUUCUUGAUGCAAUUGAUGUAUCUGGGGGUCGCACAUUGAGGAAUCUGUUUGAAGGUGUAGUUAACUUACAGGAAGUGCAAAAAAAUCUGCCAAAAAGUUGUCUUAACCAACUGGACCCAACUUCGUGCUUCUUUCCUCAGAAUUUGAUCAAGCAUGUUGAGACUCCAUUGUUUCUACUCAAUGCAGCUUAUGAUGCUUGGCAGCUCCAAGCAAGUUUAGCCCCACCUUCAGCAGAUCCUCGUGGCUCUUGGAAUGAUUGUAAAUCAAAUCACGCAAAUUGUAACUCGUCUCAAAUUCAGUUCCUCCAAGACUUCAGAAAUCAAAUGCUAAAUGACGUGAAAGACUUCUCAAGGACAUCUCGAACUGGAUUAUUCAUAAAUUCCUGUUUUGCUCAUUGCCAGUCUGAGAGACAAGAUACAUGGUUUGCUGAUGACUCUCCGCUUCUUAAUGACAAGCCAAUUGCAGUAGCUGUUGGAGACUGGUAUUUCAAUCGGGAAGCUGUCAAAGCUAUUGACUGUGCUUACCCCUGUGACAAUACCUGCCAUAAUCUGGUCUUCAAGUGAGUGAAAGUUCUGUCUUCUCAUAUGGUAAUUGGAUAUUUUCAAUUUCAUCAUUGUGAAUGCAUUUGAUGCAUUUAACAUUGAUUUAAUUGUAAUGGAAAGACCAUUCUUGGCUGAGGUUGCAAUUCCUUAGAUUUUAUGAUCAUUUUCACCAAGAAGUCAUGUUAAUAAGAUUUCUUGGGAUUGAAAAUCCAAAAUUAGCCAAUGAGCUUGGGCUUUUUCUGCCACCUUUCUAUCUUUGAAGAUAUUAUAUUUUCCCGUACUAAUUUUUUGCAAGAACCCCAAAACGAUGCCUUAAGGGUGCUGCCCCUUUUUGAACUGAUCACAACAUUUAAGUUUCCCAUAAAUAGAAGCAUGAUUCGGGAAAGGAUCAUAGUUUCUUAUGACUUGCACUCGAAAAGGCACCACCUGAACGGGUCCCGACUGGAGUUCUGAUGCUUGGUCUUUUACCAAUAGGAUUUUAUAUAUGAUAUACUUUAAUGAUAGGCCUUAUAUUGAUACUACAUUCAUUUGUAGAAGGUCGGUAAAAUGGAACUGAUUUCGGUUGCUGUAUUCAU